CCGCAAACCAAUUAGAGCUAAAUGAAAACCUUAUCCAUUUUUUUCCCGAAAUCUCGAACCUCAACCUGACUCACCACCUCCUCCUCUUCCACCAUCUCCCCUCCUCUUAUAGACCACGUGCUCGCAAAAUGCCAAUCCAGGAACUCGCAAUUAAGAACAACUACACGCUCUGCAUGCUUGCGUGCGGAACAAUGGGCUCCGCCGUGCUCAGCGGCGUGCUCGACUCGCUCAGUUCCGCGGCCUCGACCGCCGCCGACGUUCCCGUGCCCGCGAAGUUCAUCGCGUGCGUGAAGCGACAAGAGUCCGCGGACCGGAUUACCGCGACGUAUGGCGGCAAGGUCGAGGUCGCGCUGCAUGCGCACGCAAAGGCGGUCGCGGAGUCGGACGUCGUGAUUCUGGGGUGCAAGCCCCAGCUCGCGGAGGAGAUCUUGUCGAGUAAGGGCAUGGAGGAGGCGUUGAGAGGGAAGCUGCUGAUUAGUGUGUUGGCGGGCACGACGAUUAAGCAGAUUCAGGAUAUUGUUGGAAACGAUACCAUUGUCGUUCGCGCUAUGCCAAACACUCCUUGCAAGAUCCGGCAAGGAAUGACCGUAAUCUCCUUCCCGACCCCCUCCUCUCCCUCGUCGUCAUCAGUCGACCUUCUCAAGCUGACGCCCUCGCCCUCGCUCAAGCCGACGAUCCAGUGGAUUUUCUCGCAAAUCGGCCGCGCCGUGUUUCUUGAGGAAAAACACCUGGACGCAUGCACCGCGCUCAGCGGUAGUGGACCCGCGUUCGCGUGCGUCAUGCUCGAGGCUAUGACGGAUGGUGGUGUCAUGAUGGGCCUUCCGUUUGCCGUCGCGCAGGAGCUCGCUGCUCAAACGAUGCAGGGAGCCGCGCGCAUGGUCCUCGACGGCAACCAUCCCGCGCAGAUCCGCAACUCGGUGUCGACCCCCGGCGGGUGCACGAUCGGCGGUCUGCUCGUGAUGGAGGACGGCAAGAUCCGCAGCACGAUCGCGCGCUCGAUCCAGGAGGCGACGAACAUUGCGUCGUCGCUGGGUAAGAAGAAGUAGGGUGAAGGAGUGGAGUGUGAAGAAGUGGUUUAUAGGAGAGUGUAUAUUAGUUAAAUAUGAUUAUAGAUU